AUGGACAUGCAAGGUGGAAUUUGGAUGGUGUUCGCCGGAAGUUGUCGCCAGACCGAGAUCAAGGACACUUGGGUCCAUCUCGCACUCAACGUUGUCGCCACCGUUCUCCUGGCCAGCUCGAACUACUGUAUGCAGUUGCUAUCCUCCCCGAGUCGCAAUGAGAUUGAUCACGCCCACGCGAAUCGAAAAUGGUUGGACAUCGGCAUCCCCAGCCUUCGUAACCUGGGCUCUCUGCGGAAGAAGAAAGUCGUUCUCUGGUGGACGCUGGGCAUGUCGUCGAUCCCGCUUCAUCUCGUAUACAAUUCUAUCUUCUACUCGGCUCUGGCCACCAACGACUACAACGUCUUGUAUGCCUCGGAGGAUUUUGUCGAGGGUGCUCCUUACGACACGACCAAGUUCCCAGACACCCGUGCGUGCAACGUGACCGAUAUUCAAUCGCGAGCGAAACAGUUCCAAGUGCUCAGCAACAAAGACUGUAUUCAUGCGUACGCCAAAGAUUUUGUCGAAGACCGCCGCAAUGUGAUCGUGGUGGUCAAGAACCCACCAGCGAACCAAGGCUGCCUCUUCAAGAUCGCCGACAACGAGUUCCCCGCCGUCAUCACUACGAAAUACGACCCGUUUUCCUGGAUCUGCGACAACUCCAAUGUCGUCAAUCAGACUGGCGCGUGCUGUGAGAACGAAUGGGGGUUUGUGCCAUGCCCGAAAAUCACGCCCAAGCUGCUCAACAUGGCGGACCAGUGGUCUACGGGCGGCUUUCAAGUCGACCGCUGCCUGUCGGAGCCGGUCGAGUCUCGGUGCCAUCUACACUUCUCGCUUAUCCUCAUGGGCGUGGUGCUGGGAUUCAACGUCCUCAAGGUCAUCGGCAUCUGGUUCGUCGCGUUUCGAAUGGGUGAAGCGCCACUGGUCACCACGGGCGAUGCGAUCCAGUCGUUUUUGCGCGAUCCCGACCGCACCACGGAAGGCAUGUGUCUAGCGAGCCAUGCGAGUGUCGUGGCCUCCUCCAAGCUUGGUUACUCGGCCAUGCCGAUGCGAUAUUCCCCACGGCAGCACCGGUUCUACGAGGCGGCGAGCUGGCGCCAAUGGAGUUUCUUGCUGGGGCUCUUUGUGCUGCUUGGGGUCGGAACAUCUGUGUUCCUGGCACUGGGGAUUCGCCAUCUCAUGGGCGACCGGACAAUCCAGAACGCCUGGUCGAUCGGGGUGGGUAACGUGCGGCCGCAGAACCUGAUCAUGGGCUGGAACCUCCCAGGAUACGGGAACACGUCGAUCGCCGUGUCAACGCUGAUCGCCAACACCCCGCAAGCGCUGUUUUCCUUUCUGUACGUCUGCUACAACAGCCUGUUCACCGUCAUGUUCUUGUCGCGCGAGAUCCUGCGGUUCGGCGUCCCCGCCGGCCGCGGCCGCAAGUACCUGCGCGUCAGCGACCCGCGCGGCGAGCAGAAGUCGACCUACUUUCUCAACCUGCCGUACAAGUACGGCAUUCCAUUGCUGGCGGGCUCCGGCAUGCUGCAUUGGCUGGUCUCGCAGAGUGUCUUUCUGGCCAACAUCACCAUCAUCCCGCGCGACGGCCUCGUGCCCAUGCAGGACGAGAUCACCACGGUCGCCUACUCGCCGCUGGCCAUGCUGCUUCUGUUGUUCCUCGUCUUCCUCCUGCUCGUCUUCCUCCUCGUCACGGCCUUGCGCAGACUGCCCUUCGGCAUGCCUCUCGUCAGCAGCAACUCGCUCGCCCUCAGCGCCGCGUGCCAUCCACCCGUCGGCCCCGACGCGACCGCCGAACGCGAGGACAUGGUGCUCCGCCCGCUGAACUGGGGCGCCAUGCCUGCCGGAUCCAAGAUGGUCAAUCCCCGCCUUCAGGAUCACUAUUCGCCCGCGUUCGACGCCGAGGCUGACGAUGACGGCAGAGGCAUCGGGCAUUGUUGCCUGAGUGAUCAGGUCCUGGUCGUCCCGGAAGUAGGCAGACUGUACGCUCAGGCAACUGGAUAUGUUCACUAUUGA